AUGGAUCACCAUCAUUAUCAACAAUACUAUGAAUUGUUGGACGAUCAAACACUUCCCACCAAUAAAAGUUCUCAACCUCCGCCGGUGUUACAACAAGGAAACCAACCUUCACAGGUGUUUCGACCUACGCCGUCAUUUCCUCAUCACAACCAAGCGCGUCACACCCGAGGUAAUUUUCAAAUUUCUCAACACCAAAUGUCUCCAUAUCCACCUCAAGACCAACCGCAUCACCCCGGUGGCAAUUUUCAAAAUUCUCAAUACCAAAUGUCUUCAUAUCCACCUCAAAACCAACCGCCUCACACCGGUGGCAAUGUUCAUAAUUCUCAGUACCAAAUGUUUCCAUAUACAUCUCAAAACCAACCACUUCACCCUGAUGCAUCCACACAAUACCAAUUUCAAAGCCAAGCCCCUCCUACUGGUAGUACUGAUUCAAAAGUCUCUGAUACACAAUGUGAGGCUACGCCUGAUGAUACACAACACGAGGGUCUAGAUGAUAUUGAUCUUGAAGAUGAAGAUCAAUCUUCUGGAAAGAAACGCACCAGAUGGAGGGUUAAAGACGAUUUACUUCUUGUUCAAUCAUGGCUCAACAUUUCUAAGGAUCCGACGGUGGGAACUGAUCAAACGGCAGCAAAGUUUUGGGAUAGGAUCCGCGACCAAUUUGAUGAGUACCGUGACUUUGACACUCCUCCGAGGACAGGGAAGAUGCUGAAAUGUCGUUUUGGAAAGUUGAGUAAAGAUAUUCAAUUCUUUACCGGUUGCUACAACAAAGUUACCACUCCUUGGAAAAGUGGACACUCAGAGAAGGAUAUCAUGGCUGAGGCGCAUGCCCUAUUUCAGGUAGACCAUAAAAAAGAUUUCACACAUGAGAAUGUAUGGCGGAUGGUGAAAGAUGAACCAAAGUGGAAGGGACAAUCAAUGAAAACCAAUUCAAGGGGACAAAAGAAGUCAGGAGCUGGCGCCGACGGAACAUCGACUGACCCAAGUGCAUCAAUUGAUUGCGACGAAUAUGAGGCAACACCACCAACAACCCGCCCGAAGGGCAAAAAGGCAGAGAAGAGAAAGGCCAAAACAAUAGAUACUGCGUCAAGUACUCUAUCUUUUGCUCCUCACCCUGAUGUGUUAGACAUGGGGAAGGCUAAAAUGGAAAUGAUGGCAAAUUUUAGGGAGAUAAGGAACAGAGAACUAGAUUUGCAACAAGCUGACCAACAACUGAAACAAAGUGAACUGCAAUUGAGACAGGAAGAACUCAAAUUUAAGAAGGCGGAGAACUUUAGGGCAUAUAUGGAUAUCCUUAACAAGAACACAUCUGGAAUGAACGAUGAGGAGUUGCGUACGCAUAACGCACUACGUGCUUUCGCCUUAAGUGAACUAGGAAUGUCUUAA